UUCGUGCUCAGAACUUCUUCUACUACUUCCACAUUCUUUUCUCUAGGCUGCGCCUUCCAUCUAGCACUAACCAACCGAUUUGAAAACAACCAGUAUGAAUCGCGACGUAUCUCCGGUUUUUGAUUCGCUGGACAUUGAUCUGGUGUUCAAAGUGCUGAAGAAUACCUUGUUCAGCCCGUUUUUUGUCUUGUUCGUUCCUGUCCUCUACGUUUUCUCAGGUGCAGGGACGAGUUACCCGUUCGUCCUCUGGUCUGGAGGCUACUACGUGCUGCUAUGCUUCUAUUGGCUCGGUGAUUGGCUGUCAACUUUGUACAGAAACCAAGGCAGUCUUCUGUUCAGAGCUCCUCGCUUCGACUGGGGCGAGCAGAUUGUUGUAGUCACUGGAGGCGCUUCCGGCGUCGGUGAACUGCUCGCAAAUACUCUCGCUGUUCGAAAUGUGACUGUAGUGGUACUCGACGUUAACCCGAUUGUCUCCGAAAAUCACAACAUCGUCUAUUACAAAUGUGAUAUCUCCAAGUGGGAUGCAGUUGAGGCGGUUUCAAAGAAGAUUGUUGAAGAGAUUGGUCACCCCACUGUACUUGUAAAUAACGCUGGCGUCGUGCAGGGGAAGCUUGUCACCGAUUUAAGUGCUGCGGAUGUGCAACAAACGAUUGGGGUUAACACGCUCGCGCAUUUCUGGACUCUGAAAGCCUUCCUUCCUAACAUGAUCAAAAACAAUAGUGGUCAUAUUGUGAGUUGCAUGUAA